UGCCGGGCGGCAGCGAUGGGGGCGCUGCCGGGGCUCCUGGUGCUGCUGCUGCUGGGGCUGGCGGGGUGCCCCGGUGCGCGAGGGGCCCGCCCCGCCGAUCCCCUCGCCGCGUGGGUGACUGUGCCGCGGCAGCUGAGCCCGCGGGCCGGCAGCGACCCCCCGGCCGUGACCUACUGGCUGAAGGUAGCGGGGCGGCCGCGGGUGCUGCGCCUGCAGCCCCGGCGGGGCCUGGUCUCCCGGCCCUUCACAUUGGUCACCUAUGGCAAGGACGGGGCCCGCCGGGAGGAGCACCCCUUCGUGCGGGACAACUGCUUCUACCAGGGCGAGGUGCUGGGCAGCCCUGGCUCCCUGGUGGCCCUCAGUGCCUGUGACAGGGGCCUCCACGGUGUGCUCUGGGUGGAGGAUGAUACCUUCCAGAUCGAGCCCAUCCCCAACGAUCCAGCCUUUCGGCACAUCCUCUACCGCAUGGAGGAGGCCAACAACCACAUGGGCCCCACCUGCGGACUGACCCCUGAGAUGCUGCAGCACCAAAAGGCUGUGCUGCCCUGGUUCAAGGCUCCAAAGGCAGAGGAGGAGAACGAGGAACUGAAGGACUGGUGGACACACAUCAGAUAUGUCAAGAUAGCAGUGGUCGUGGACAAUGUGCGGUUUGUGAAGUCGGGCAGGAAUAAAUCCGAAGUCUUGAGGCAAGUCAUGGAAGUCAUCAACAUUGGGGACAUUCUGUACAAACAGCUUUCUGUCCGGCUGUUUCUUAUGGGAUUGGAGAUAUGGACUGAAAGCAACUUAAUAAAUAUUACUAGAUCUCUCAGCAAGGUACUCAGUGACUUUAACAGUUGGCGAAAGUCAAACCUGUCCCAACGGAUGCGCCAUGAUGUUGCUCACUUAUUUGCAUUCCAGAGCUUUGGAAGCACCCUGGGAUUGGCAUAUAUAGGGACAGUGUGUGAUAACCACUGGUCAUCAGCUGUUGCUUCCUUCACUGAAAAAAAGUUGUCCGCAUUUUUUGUCACAUUUGUCCAUGAGCUGGGCCAUAAUCUUGGGAUGAGCCAUGAUAAACCAGACUGUAAAUGCAAACGAGAGAAAUGCAUUAUGUAUGAAAGCAACGUUGACACUGAUGCAUUCAGUGACUGCAGUUACAAAUACUACUUUGACCUGCUUGUAAAAGGCGCUGACUGCCUUCGUCAACCACCACCACCAGGCGCUUUCUACACCUCGAAGCGUGAAUACUGUGGGAAUAAGAUAUUAGAAAGCGGAGAGCAAUGUGACUGUGGUUCAGAAUCAGUCUGCAGAAAGGAUCCUUGUUGCCACCCGAACUGUACACUUACUGUAGGUUCAGUCUGUGCGUCUGGAAAAUGCUGCAAGAACUGUAAAGUCCUUCCAGCAGGAACACUCUGCAGAGAAAGUACUGGCAGCUGUGACCUACCAGAGUAUUGCAAUGGGAUUUCCCCUCAGUGCCCACUGGAUGUCUACCUACAAGAUGGAACCCCUUGCAAAGAUGGUGCUUAUUGCUAUCAAGGAAAAUGUUCUUCCCACAGUAAACAGUGCCAGGAUCUCUUUGGCAAACAAGCUAGGGCUGCUUCUUUAGAUUGCUUCAAAGCAGUGAAUACUCAAGGUGACCGGUUUGGGAAUUGUGGUAUUCAUAACAAUAUCCAUUUUACAAAAUGCAGUAUUGAGAAUAUCUUAUGUGGUAGGAUUCAGUGUGAAAACAUAGUCAAACUACCUCCCUUGCAGAACCAUGUAACGCUAGUCCAAACUCCUGUUGGAGAUAAAAAUUGUUGGGGUCUUGACUAUCACGUAGGGAUGCCAGGAGCUGACAUGGGAGCUGUGGAAGAUGGCACACCAUGUGGUACCGAUAUGCUUUGUAUCAACAGGACGUGUAUGAAUGUAUCAGUGCUGAACUACGACUGUAACGUGACAAAGUGUCAUGACAGAGGAGUGUGUAACAAUCAUAAGAACUGUCACUGCGAGUAUGGCCGGGCUCCUCCAUAUUGUGAAUCGGAAGGAUUUGGAGGUAGCAUUGACAGUGGACCCCCUCCAGCCAGGAAGAUUUCUCAGAGAGCAAAAGUAAGACUAAUACUACUUACUUUUUUUUGUCUGUGUUUCCUUGGAGUAAACCUUACCAUGCGUUAUAGACAGGAAAUAGUAGGAUGGCUUAGGAGGAUAAAGGCCCAAUUCCACAGAAUACUGCAGUUAUUUCAAAGACUGAAAAAACCAGAAGUACCUAAAGAAGACUCACCUGAUGGUGAGUCAAAAUCUACUGAAGACCAACAAGCAAGAAGACCAAUGCUCCUGGGGAAAUCUCUCUUUAGCAAAGCCAUCUGAUAAUAUCAUCAAAAUAAUUCAACACAUUCCGAAUAGCUCUAAUCUCAUAUGACAUCAUUAAAUGCAGAGUAAAAGUUAUCUUUGUAUAAUUUAAAUUAAUAAAUGUAGGCAUUAAGGCCUGCUGUUCUUUGUACGCUGAGCUCUUAAAUUGACAUAGUUAGGUAAACUGUAGGUAGAGUGUUUAUGCUUCAUAUCAACAGUUUAAAAAUGAAAACUUCUUAAAUAGAUAAGAUAAAUCAUCUGUAGAUAAAUUAUUUGCUUCAAUUUACUCCAUCUAAUGCUUUCUUUGAUUCAGGGAGAGAGAUAUUUGUGAACAUCUUGCUUCUGUCAUUCGUUAACAACUAAAGAGAAAAUAUUGCUCUUGCAGUCUCCACUGGGUUCCUUCCAACACGAACCAUUCUAUGAUUCUAUGAUUUAAUUCGCAUCUGUGACACACAAACAGGCAAGAAACAGGUACUGCAGUGAGAUGCAGGUGUUUUCCAACUGUUUACAGGGAGCAGCCUUUCAGGAGGGAGGUAGACCAUAAGAAACAGGGUCUUCAUUUUGUGAGACAGUAGAGAAGGAUUAUCCAGAUCACACCAGGAAGCAUUACAUUUUUGACCAUCAGAUAUACAUCAACAGUGUAGUGGCACCAAAUCUGACAUUUCACAAGAACAAAUUGUCUUUAUUUUCUGGAAAUUUUCCAGUGCCUUGAGUGAUGGCUUCUUCUGAGGAGUGUUGUGUAUUUUAUUGUCACUAAGAGGAGCUGUCUGUGGGGUUGCACAAGUUAACUGAAUUUCUAAAGUAUUCGGAACUAUUCUGCAAGAGUUUUCCCCACCCAGAAUUCCUACAAUAUUUGAUAGAUGUUUUAUCUGACUUUCUCAUGACGUUUCUCUUGGUCUACGAUGUGAUUGUUUCUUAUGCUAUAACAGAAUGUGUCCUUGCAGCUCUACAAAGUGCCACACAGAAGCACUGUAUUUUUCUUUUUUUUUUUAACAUAAGAUAAAAUGUGUCUAACUUCUGGAAAAAUAUGAGGGACAUGGAAAUCCCAUUCAAUAAGUUAAUUAUAUUAUUUAUAUUAUAGCAGUUACUAGAUCUUUCUAUCGGAUCAGCAUGAAGAGGAUUCUGUAGUCCAGAUUACGGACCUUUUUUCUAAAGGUCUAGUGUUUCUGGAUUAAGGCUAUAAUGCACUUCUCUGCUAACAAAAGAAUUAUUUGUAUUUAGGAAGCAAAGAGGACAUUUUUAGCAAACAUUCUAUAAAGGCAGGAUAAGUACCCCAAUACUUGCAACAUUUGGGAAGAAAUAUGUUGGUGACUCUACAAAUGAUGAUGGUCAACUCUAGCUGCCUCCCAAAUGUGACAUUUAUGUUUUUAGAAUACACAUUUUCCUGUAAUACUUUUUUUUUCUCCAUAAUUAUGUCCUAUAUCCAAAAAGGGCUGCUUAGAUUAUGAUUGGAUGUGAAAUACAAAGGAUGUGAUUCACAGUGUUUCAUGGCUUUUUGUCUAGAGCAAAUGGAUCCUUACGUAAUUAUCUAUAUUUAUCUGAGGAAAUGAGGUAACACAUUGUUUGCUCAGCAGGCUGUGCUUAUUGUCUUGAUAAAACAUGGAUAAUUUUGAUUAGAUGAAGAAAACUUAAUCCUGUGUUUAUGUCAAAUGACAAGAUAACUGCCCCUUGACUAACACCCCAAAUUUAUUCCUUAUAGUCAGAGACCUUUUUCUGGGGAGCACAGGGGGAGUGUUCUCUGAGAAAUAAUAAUCAUAAUGUAGGUGUUGCUAACAAGGGAUACUUGAUAAACAAGGGGGAUAGUCAAAAGACAGAGACAAAAAGUAACACAUCACCUUCCAACUAGCUAUGCACAACUGGUAAGUACUGGCAGACUUUUUAAAAUUUUGCUUUUUAAAUAGAUGAAGAGUGGCAGAAGUUUCAGACUGCCAUCUUUAUGGCUGCCUAUUGCUGAUUGAUACUGUACCAUAAAUUGCCAAGUAUAGAUCUGUGCUGAGACCAGAGAAAAGUUAGAGGGUCAGGGAGUUUUUAUUUACAGACCUGCAUGCUGAAGAGACAGAGGUGUAAAUGAAAGCACAAUUUAGGCUAGAACAUUUAUUUGCAAAUGUAGUUUUGGAAAAGACAAAGCAAUAAAAUGCUGUAUUUUCCAUUUUUCUCUGUGCUUAAAGAUUGAUCUAAAAAAACAAUUACUUAGUUGGGAGGAGGCUUUCAGUGAGCUUUGGAUAGGAGUAUUUCUGUACACUUUUCUCCUGUUUUUGCUUAGGCCAUAUAAGCAAGACAAACACGUAUCCCAACAAACCUAGUCUGUGUUUUAUAAACAGUGUGAGCUGCCUUGCUAAGGUUUGCUCUUUGAAAAUAUUGUUGUUUCUGAUUUUACCAUAGCUAUGAAUAACUUGGUUCCUUUGGUAGUUUGUUAGAAAUGUCCCACUACUCUGAAGACGCUGCUCUGAAGGUGCUAGGAAGGUUCAAGUUUAAGUUUAAUCCUAAUCUUUCUGGUUUCCCCUUUUUUCCCCUCGUAGUUUUAAUUACCUUUUAAAAUGCUUUAAAUGAAUGCUAGAACUUGGUUAAUGUAUAAGUCACUUGAACAUGGAAGAGGCAGCCUGAAAAUGCUGCUGCACCGUCUCCCAAGAGAUGUGGGUCAGUGGAGUACUUGAAAUGGUGCUGGAGGAAAUAAGAAGACACAAUCUGGUCUAGUGGAAGGUGUCCCUGUCCCUGGCAGGGGGGUUGGAACUAGAUGCUCCUUAAGGUCCCUUCCAACCCAAACCAUUCUGUGAUUCUGUGAAGUGGCCUGUGCCAGUGCAGUAAGGUAUUGUCUUAGGUAGCUGUUAACACGUUGCAGGCUACUUAGCGAUAGGUGAAGCCUGAACCUGCCUAAGAGUAAGUUACAACAAUAAUAUACAACAUAUAUACAUGUUUCUUGUUUGAAAUCUCUUCCUGGCUAAAGAAGACUUAUAAGAACACUUAAUAUCACAGUUAUCUCAGAUCAAGAUAAAAUUGGGUUUGUUCUAAACCAAGAUUGUCAUCUUUAAAAUACAUUAAACUGCUGCUAAGGAACAGUCUGUAUCUUCAAGGAGUUUGCUAAGUACCUCGCAGUUGCUCACUCACUCUUCUCCCACCCCUUUCCACCCAGUGGAAAGGAUAUUUGGAAAAGAAAAGGUUAACCUCGUGGGUAGAGAUAAAACCAGCUUAAUAAUUGAAACAAAACAAAACAAAAAAAGAAAAAGAGAAAAAAAAAGGCAAGAGUAACGGAACCCAAAGGAAACAAGUCCUGCACAGUAAAAUUGCUUAUCACCCACCGGCCGAUACCUAUUCCAUCCCAGAAUGUGAUUUGCCCCCUUCCAGGUAAUUCCCCCAGUUUAUAUACUGAACAUGUAUAUGUCUAGAACUAGACUGUUCUGUGGUAUGGAAUAUCCCUUUGUCCAAUUUAGGUUACCUGUUCUGGCUAUGCUCCCUCCCAGGCUUUUGUGCCUCACUGGCAGAGCAUGAGACACUGAAAAGUCCUCAACUCCUCCACUUAAGGUUAACACUACUUAGCAACAACAAAAACAUCAGUGUGUUAUCAACAUUAUUCUCAUACUAAAUCCAAAAAACAGAGCACAGUACCAGCUACCAAGGAGAAAAUGAACUCUGUCCCAGCUGAAACCAGGACAGGGGAAAAAAAUAAUGGAUGACUGUUGUGCAAGUUUUAUUGUGCAGUGUUCCUAUUUAAUGGCCACAAAAAGUAUAGACAUCCAGGACAACAUAACUCUGUGAACUGGACUGAAACAGAUGUGAAACUGAAUGCUGUGCUCAACUGUUUUAAGAAGUCUUCCCAUGACAGACAAAUCAUGGUUUUGCUCAUCAUUGCAGGUGUAAUUGGACCUUGAAUGCCUGUCUCCCACCUCUGAGGCAGGUGUUCUAACACUCAGUUUAGCACUAAGCAAUAAUGUUAUAGCAUCAAGGCACAUAGCACGCUCUUCCUCUAAUUCAGAGAUCCAUCACCCAGAUUGCCUCUCCCUAUUAAAUUCAGGAAUCCAAAAAUGCAGAUCAUCUGGGAAUGAAUGCAGUCAAAAAUAAAUCUGUACUGUAAUACCAAACAAACUGAUUGAUAGUGUUAACACUGAAGACCAGAGCAGCUGGUCCUCAUUUUAAUCAGAGAAGUUCCUGCAACAUGUAGAUGUGACUGAUCUUGUAGUGCCAAGCAAUCAGGCAAUUUAAUUGGAUCAGGCCUAUUCAUUGUUCCCUGUUGUCAUUGUCUGUAUUGACAUACUUGUAGCAUGUGCUGAAAUAGAUAAGGAUACAGUUUAAUAAGGAAAUAAGUAAUGAUAAAUUUUGCCUUGCUGUUUAUUUCCAAAGAAUCUGUUGGUUCAAGAAAUCCCCGUCAUACAGAGUGCCAGGUUCAAGUGGCUUCUCUGUUAGACAACAAGUUGAACUACUUUGCACUUUAUUGCUAGGUAAUUAUCUGUAGAGUUUUGAGG